UCUCGUUCGUUCGCUCGCCGCAUAAGCAACAAGCUCAGGGGGAGGAGGAGGAUGUCUCACAGGAAGUUUGAGCACCCAAGGCAUGGUUCCCUUGGAUUUCUUCCAAGGAAGAGGGCUUCUCGCCACAGGGGAAAGGUGAAGGCUUUUCCCAAGGACGACCCAACCAAGCCCUGCAAGCUCACUGCGUUUUUGGGUUACAAGGCUGGGAUGACUCACAUUGUCAGGGAGGUCGAAAAACCGGGAUCAAAGCUUCACAAGAAGGAGACAUGUGAAGCUGUGACUGUCAUUGAGACACCUCCCAUGGUUAUUGUUGGAGUUGUUGGGUAUGUGAAGACACCACGUGGUCUUCGUACUCUGAACACUGUGUGGGCUCAGCAUCUCAGUGAGGAGGUGAAGAGAAGGUUCUACAAGAACUGGUGCAAGUCCAAGAAGAAGGCCUUCACAAAAUACUCCAAGCAAUAUGAAAGUGAUGAGGGAAAGAAGAAUAUCCAGGCUCAGCUUGAGAAGCUGAAGAAAUAUGCUACCGUUAUCCGGGUUUUGGCUCACACUCAGAUCAGGAAAAUGAAGGGAUUGAAGCAGAAGAAAGCUCACCUUAUGGAGAUUCAGGUAAAUGGUGGGACUAUUGCCCAAAAGGUGGACUUUGCCUACGGUUUCUUUGAGAAGCAAGUCCCUGUUGAUGCUGUUUUCCAGAAGGAUGAGAUGAUUGACAUCAUUGGUGUGACCAAGGGUAAGGGUUACGAAGGUGUUGUCACUAGGUGGGGUGUGACUCGUCUUCCUCGCAAGACCCACAGGGGUCUCCGCAAGGUGGCUUGUAUUGGUGCCUGGCAUCCUGCCAGAGUCUCAUUCACAGUUGCUCGUGCUGGUCAGAAUGGAUACCACCACCGUACUGAGAUGAACAAGAAGGUUUACAAGCUCGGCAAGGCUGGACAGGAGUCUCACACCGCCAUCACCGAGUUCGAUAGGACCGAGAAAGACAUCACUCCCAUCGGUGGCUUCCCACACUAUGGUGUGGUGAAGGAUGAUUUUUUGUUGAUCAAGGGAUGCUGUGUUGGACCCAAGAAGAGGGUUGUUACCCUUCGUCAAUCUCUUCUCAAGCAGACAUCUCGUGUUGCUCUCGAGGAGAUCAAGCUCAAGUUCAUCGAUACCUCCUCAAAGUUUGGGCAUGGACGUUUCCAGACCACACAGGAGAAACAGAAGUUCUAUGGACGUCUCAAGGCGUAAUUUUGCAAACUGGUCUAAGGUUUUGGGCUAUCAUAGUAAACUAGGCAAUUUCAGUUUUAAUGCAAUUGAGAUUCUGUUGGGAUUUCAGUUUUGUUUUAUUUCAAUAUAUGUUGGUUUGAAGCGCAGAAGAUUUUGAACAAUUACAACUGCUUUUAUGGCUAUGAGAAUCUAUUGGCUUCGUGGAAUUUAAUUUUAA